AUGGAGACGUAUUCACAAAUCUCCCAGACCAUCUCAGCAGGAAGACAGUAUAGAGAGGUUGGAUUUCGCGCAUUAAGCACUUAUGCUCUGUCCGCUCGUACUAUCUUCGCAAUUCUCAUUGAAACGGAACAGAUUUUGUUCGUCCCAAAGACUUCCAUAAGAAUAAGGAUUCUAAGAAGGACGUUGCCGACACAGCCGCAAAGUGCUGACGGUUCAUCGCUACUGCAAGAGAUAUCUCUCGAGACCAUAACAGUCGCUAUAUUCUGCACUUUGCCAUACGAAGCCGCUGCUGUGAGGUACUGUCUCGAGGAAGACGAUCACUAUUCAGUUUCCAAAUCUCAGGUUUGCCAUGGUGGUCAGGGGCGCCCCAGGGAUCCCAAUUUCAAAACACGUUCGCCUUGGGGACGUUGUCGUCAGCGUUCCUCAGAUAACCACCUCGGUGUUGUUCAGUAUGAAUUUGGCAAGUAUGAAGAGGAUGGGUUUGAUCUCAAGGGAUGUCUCAACAAGCCUCCGUCCAUUCUACUGAGUGCGAGAUUACGGAGAGAAGCGCACUAUAGACGAUUCUAUGCCAAAUUACUGAGAAACCUGGGUUCAGUCGCCCAGGUAUCGAAGAUACCUUGUUUGACCGGAACUGUUCCCAUAUCAAUCAGGAGAAUGAUUGCCGCAAAUAUGAAGAAAUAUGUGGAAGGGAGGCUAUCCCCACAAGCACGAUACCAUCCAAUGGUACAUCGAGGUCUUAUACUUUCUGGUGGCGGUAUUAUCUCAAAUACAGUCGACCGAGAACGACUCCGUCGUGGGUAUAAAGAUUCGCUUUGCUAUGAAACAGAAGCUGUGGGUAUCAUGGAUGAGAUUCCAUGUCUAGUGAUCAGGGUCGUAGAACGAGCGAGGGUUGAGCCCUAUACUAAUCGGUUCGAAACUAAACGCCUCGGAGCAAGUCAAUCGGAGCAGCCAAAUUCUGGAAUAUCCCGUUUACCAACUCUUUGCUAG